UAUCCAGUCUGCAUCGCGCCGCUGAUCACCAGAGUAUAAAAUUGCGUCUUUCCUUCCCCAAGGCUUCCUUGCUCCAAUCUCUUUUCUGUGGGUGUGAUCCGUGAGAUACCGGCAUCGCUUUUUGUGUGUGUUUCUGUUUGGAUACGAUGAUAAAAUCAGCCCUGCUACGUUCUUACCCUUCUCCUCUGCUACUGGAAGCCAAGGAUCUUCACCGUACACAACUAUCCACUGCAAGAUUUGCUUCCACUGUAACUUGCUCUUCCAGAGACCAAGCUUAUAUUCCGAAACUCCAGCCCUUUAGCCGAUCCAAGUUCGAACGGGUCGUCAAAGAUCCCCCCUUGAUCGAGAAGUGCGAAAAUGAGCUUUCUGAUUAUUGUUCGACGCUAGAAGGAGAUGAUUCUUAUAGUUGUUGGAGGGCGUAUUUCGAACUCAAAGAUCUUGAAAGGGAGUCGCCAAAAGAAGACGUGGAGAAGCUGAUUCUGCAAACAGGGGGCAUAAAAUCCUUAAUCGGGUGCUUACACGGCAUUGCAGCAAUGCUAAAAAACAAGAAUGCCGGGUCCAACAAAGCCAAGCCGUUGAAUGAGGAGAAAGGAGGAGAGAGACUCUGUCCAAUACCAGAUGGAUUGCCGAAAUCACUGCACGAGGUCGAGGAAGAAGAGCGAGCUAGAAUGCCUGAUUCGCCAUUCACCCGGCUUCUUAGAACCAAAGGGAGGUCCCCUGCAUGGUAUUCCCCCGCCCCUGACCAUGAAACUGACUGAUUUAAGCAGGGAGACGUGAGCAAGGUUGUGUCCAGUUCGUUGUAUAAUUACUGAUCAAGUGGACGUGUGUGGUUAAAGAUAUGGGAUCUUCACGUGGGUUGUGAGGCUUUUAUAUUUGGGAUGAGUUUCUUGUAAAAUUAUCAUAAAAAGUGUUUGGUCUGGUUUGUGGCAACCGCCAACCGCACUACAAACAAUCUCAUUUCUUGUAAAUAUGGAAUUUCAAAAGCGAGGACGAUUAUAAAGUUCGUAGUUUGAGGUA